CCCACUUGCAGGCUACACAGUGGAGCUUCGCCCGAAGUCGGCUGAGUACGAUAAACUCGUUUCGGAUGGCGGUGACGAUAUUGGUCCCGUGUUUCCUGGAAGUGCUGACGUGCUGCUUACAGAGCGUCAGCGGGCAGCGCUCCCUUACCGCUUUCUGCACGAAAUCUUGAAGUCAUAUGAAGAUGAUCAAGCAGAUAAUGGUAAAGACAAGAACAACAAGGGCGGAAAGCAAACAGGGAAACAGGAUGCUCUCGAGAAGUUUGUCACGAUGGUGAGCAACUUCCCACAGUAUCGUGGCGCCCUAGCGGGUGUGGGCACGCACGGUCUUGAGCGCGAAACACCUAUUGAGAGCGAAGACGUCCUUUGGGUCGCG